AUAUCAAAUAUGAAGACAUACGGAAUAGUGACUGCGAUUUUGCUGGGUAUUUUGUGUGUAAUUCAUUGUAAUGCAUUGAAUGAUACUGGAGAGAUUUUGGAUAUGAAGCCGUCUCCCACCGUUAAUGUGACAACAAGGUCACAAAAAAAUCAAAUAUUACUCAAAUUGAUCCGGAGCAUGCUUCCCGGAGAAUUUAAUUACACUAGACGUCGUGGAGCUUGGAAUGACAUGGAGAGAAGCAUAUCAAAUGGUCCCAGGCAAAAACACAUUCCGAGUAAGAAAGCAUACCAUGGAACGUCACGAACUGAAAGGGCGGCAGCUUAUAGUCAUACGAAAUAUGUAAAACGGAUCAUUGACGACCAAUCGACAACAUGCGCGCGGACUACUUGUUAUAAUGGUACACAGAUUAAACCUUGUGAGGUCAACUUCACGGCUGACAUUUGUGAACCUUGUCCACCAGGCACGUACAUGUAUGAUAUUACAAGGUCUAUGGAGACAGUGCUGAAGUGCAUACCAAAACAUCCAUGUCAUCACUGGCCAGGCACUGUUCAUGCGAACGAAUUUUAUGUUUGCGCUGGCGACUACAAGAUGUUCUGUCGAUGCAACACCGAGGACAACAUAUGUGGAUCGGACCCUUGUAAUUGCAAAAAAAUGAGGUGUCGUCUUGGAGAAACUCUUCUUCAAAACUGCACCUGUUUGGCAGAAAGUAGCCCAGUAACUACAGUUAAGACGACCAGGACUACAUCACUUGGUCACGAAACUGUCCCUGCUGUACCACCGAGCCCUGGACCUGGACUUCCCCCUACAACGAACGCUGAUACAGAUACACCACCGAUAGCAAUAACGUCCACAAUACAAACGUUGUUGACCGACCCUAGGAUGAAAAAUGCUGAUGGGGGCAUCAACUGGCGAUCCGUAGGAACGGCAGUUGGUAUAGUCAUCGGGAUCCUUAUCAUUGCCCUGAUAUGUGUAUUUGUUAUAUACCGAUGUCGUCGCCGAACGCAACCAUUUGAAAACCAGCCAUUUUCAUCACAAUUAGACACUGCUAUAGAUCAAAAUAAAUGAUCCAGAAACUGGGAAUAAUCGGAUUGUAUUCCUGACAAGAUCAACAUAUCAACACCACAGAGAUACAGCUUAUUACAACCAAAGUAUAUGGAAGCCUGAACAUUCCAGUUCCCACCCAUUGUAUAUGUAACAUACUCACAAACAAUGGACCACCGCGUAUGUAAAUGGGAUAUAUUACAGAAACAUAUUUAUUUAUUUUUAAUUAUUUUACAUAAAUUAUAUUUGAUAUUUUGAUAUUUAAUUUUUUUUCUAAAUAUCAAGAUAUUAGCCACACUAGUGAACUAAAUUUGGUAUUACUGAAAAUACUGUUAGAUAUUUUGUCAUUACAUUAUUAUAGCAAAAUAUACCGGGUCAGCUUUUACAUUUUCCCUAUUGUCGUUUGUAAGCAGCGUUUUGAUUGGUCAUAUCAGAAAAGUGGUAUUUUUCACUAGUGAACAGGUACCUGAUAAUAUCAUUGUCGAGAAAAUAUAUAUAUAGUUGAUGACUUUUAGUUUAUGUAUUCCUUAAUUAGCUGAAAAAUGUGGCACUUGUGUAUGUGCGUGCUUUCAUUUGAUUCGAGCUCAAUGAGCUUGUUUGUAAUAACAUAUUGGUAUUUUGUGGUGAAUUAUAAUUUAAACAUUUUUUUAGCUUCCUGUGAUCUAGUCCAUUCUGGUGUUGAGCGAGUUCGAUCAGCGACGAAAGUGUCUCUUGUAUGGACUUACAGUAGAAUAUCUGAAAUUAUUUUGGUUACAUACAAUACAGAUGUGAAGAUAAACAAGACUGAUGAAAAUCUUAGGCAUCAUCUGCGCCAUCUUCGCUAACCAAGGGUUACUCUACGCUAAGCUCCAUUAUAGGUAGAGUAACCCUUGGUUAGCGAAGAUGCAUCUGCGCAUGCGUAAUGAUUCGGAAGUGCGGUAGUGAUUGAAUGUUGAUUUAGGACAUAUAGAGUCGUAAUAUAUGGAGCACUGUAAUUUAUAGGGAAUGGUUAAUGAUCGAACGCUCCUAGUCUAGUCUACAGCACCAGGACGUUUCUAUGACUUAGAAUGAAAAAAUAAACCCGGGGUUCGACCCCAAUCGCAACAUCUCGGGGAAAUUUCCGGCAACACUCGGAAAUCUAUAUUUCCGAGUGUUGCCGGAAAUUUUCCCGAUAUGUUGCGAUUGGGUUCGACCCCUUCCUCACUGCAAAUAACAAGUGAUCUACUAAUCGGACACUUGAGUCAAUUAUUCAUUAUUGGUCACAGAAACGUGUCAAGCCCUUAUAGUCUACAGAUACCAAGGAAGUUCUUCCCAAAUGUUCCUAAAUUUCGGGAUCAAUCGAAUCCCGGAAUGUUGAAUAGCAAUAUUGCUUUCUUUGCUACACUGCAAUUAAAACAAAUCUGAUUAAAAUCAUGGCUUGACCUACGCUCCCGUUCCGUAAACUACACUCCGCUACGUAGCGGAGUGUCCUUAACGGAACGGGAACGAAGACCAAGGCAUGAUUGAUUAAAAAAAGUUUUGUUUAUUAACAAUGAAUAACUUAUAUGAUACUUUCAGAGUAUUGUUUGCAAUGAUAUACAUGUAUUGAAUUUCGCAUAUAUUGUGCAUGAAUUGUUUCUAAACUAUCAAUUUCAAUACACAGGUACAAUAUAUAUGCUGUGAAACUUUUUGUUACGUUUCACAACAACAUUUUUUAACUUCGGCUCCGUUCGGAAAUUCAGCGCCCCAUCAUCUGCUUCCGGCGGAAAAUAAUCAUUGCGUCGUCUGCUGCCAAAAAAUGAUAAUAAAAAAAUAAAAAAUAAGUGAUAUCAAAACUUGGCUGACGCUCUUACACUGCGGAUCAUCCGUUUACAUAUUAACAUGUGGAACCCACAUAUGUAGUCUAGGAAAGAUCAAAUCAGAUAUUUUGGUCCAUUAUAUAUGAUGACACAGAGUUGUUCCUGUAUUAUCGGAAAUAAUAAAAACCCAAAAGGUUGUAUAGCAAUAUUUGCAGAUAAACAUUUGGUUGGUAUGCUGCAAUGCUAUAAAAACAUGUAAUAUUUUAUACAAAAGAGAAUGGACUGUGAUAAUUUGAUUUAUUAACAACGAAUAUAACUGCACGUGAUACUUUGCAGAGCUUUGUUAGAAUCACUGGUACUUGUGGACAUGGUAUUAUGUUUUUAAUUAAAAUGUUACAUUACAGACGAGUGCCUGUUGUUGUAUUACAAUCGCAUGCUUAAUUUGUAAAAGAUAUAUCGUACCUUGCCCUUAUAUUUUCUUUUACAAAUUAAGCAUGUGAUUGUAAUACAAUAAUGUACUCGUCUAUAAUAUAACAUUUUAAUUAAAAACAUCAUAGACUAAUCAUGUCCACAAGUACCUGUGGAUAGAAUGUGCAUAAAUUGAGCAUGAUUCGUUCAACAUUUCUUGUUUGGCUUCCCCUCAAUUAGCCACAAGUACAUGGUUCAUAGAACGGGAUGCUUAUUCUCUGAUGUUAAGAUUGGACUAAAAAUAUGUCAUGUCGAUGUGCCGACGAUAUGGCAUUUCAUUGAGAAUCGCACUAUAAAGCGAUCCUUGGGCUCGCCCAAUAGACGAAGGCACCGUCCUCAUCUACCUGGGGGUUUUUGGGGUUUUUUUUGUAGGACGUUAAACAAUACUUGAUGAAAUUGGGACGAUAGAGGGGUGGGCUGGGGGAGGGGGCUAAAGGUGUCCGCCAUCUUGAAUCAGUUGCUAUGCAGCGGAUUCAAGAUGGCUCCACUCCCCCACCGUCUUCGUCAUUUCAUCAUCAAUCAUAUUCUGUAUGUGACAUAAUCAAUAUGGGUGUAACUAACAUAUUAUCUCCCAUACAUCGAUUUAAGCAUAUUUGUUGUUUUUUGUUGUUUUUUGGGGGGCAUUUUGAUUUUAACAUAAUUUCGAAUCUCUAUAUUCUAUUAUAAGCAUAACAUGUUAGCAAAAUUUCAAAAUAUUUUGGUAUGUGCAGUAAUUUCAAGCUUUUUGUUGCAAUUCUACAAAAUUUCUCAGCAUUUUUAUAACAUAUAUUCAAUAACUUCAAGCGUUUUAUCUUGUAUUUUUUAAAUUUUAAGUAUUUUUUUUAAACUAAACUAAUAAUAUAAGAUUUCAUCCACAUGACAACCUUUCCUCGUUCUUCUUACAAAUAUCAGUAAUGUCUUUAAUGACGGUGUAUACACUUAAGGCAUGACGAUGUACGGAAUCAAUCCUUCAUUAUCAUAUAAGUAAAACAUAUUGUAAUUAUCGUAGAUAUGUUAUUUACAAUGCUAAGGAAUAUUGUGGAAAUGAUAGCCCUAAUUUGUUAAACUAAUUAAAAUAGGGAUAAUCCGUUAAUUACACUCAUAUUUAUGACGUCACAAUCGUAAAACAAAUUGGUGACUACCCACGAACACUAGGGUUUAGGGGUUUGCUAAGGCGCCCAUGAUGAUUCCACUGCAAAGCAAGGAAUUCAAGAUGGCGGAUGUGUUUAUCACACUCCCCCACACCCUCCAUCGUCCUUGAUAUCGGAAGAAUGUAGUUAUCGUAGCUUAUUUAUUACUUUUUUAUGUAAGACAUAAAAUUGUGAAUAAACAAUUGAAACCCA